CUCAACGUCAUUUAGUUCUUUUUUUUUUUUAUCUCUUUUUUAUUCAAUCUCUCAAUCUCUCUCAAUCUCUCUCAAUCUCUCUCUCUCUCUCUCUCUCAAUCAUACCUUUUAUUUUAACCACGACAUCUCCUUCAAAGGGUUGAGUGAGAGGAACACCUUGACCAAUUGACCUUGCAACGGUCCUUACUUCGUUGCAAGUCUCCCUUCUUCCUUCUCCCUUCUUCUCCUCUCCCUUCCCUUUUUAUUUUUACUUUUAUUUUGUUAUUUUAUUUUAUUUUAUAUUUUUAUCUUUUAUUUUCCCCUUCCUUUCUUUUCUUCUUCACAUCUUUCUCGUCUCGUCAUGGACAAGCUUCUGCAUCUCGGCAAAAAGAAAUCGACAAAAUAUAAUCAGCCAAUCACCAUCUCCUCUCCUACUUUAAUUCCUUCGGGUACUGGCUAUUAUCAACCAAGCAGUCCACCCUUUGUACCCCAGACAACCUACCAGCCUCGUACAAGUUUUCAGCAGUCAGACCGAGAGCAAGGACAAUACGCUUAUUCAAAUACAAACUCGGGUGAUGGCAAUGGUGGCAAUGGAGCCGGAGGAGGGCACGGACAUCAUUCAUACUCGGGAGACUAUUCCUCAACCUCGUCUCCACCACAAUCAGCAAGAGGUCAUCCUAGCCAUCACUCAUCCUCAUCUGGUUCAUACCUUGGAUCCGUCUCCACUGCCGCUGCCGCUGCCAUCACCUCCUUCGCUGCAGGACAUCACCGUGUCUCUUCAGGAAUAGACCGUCCCACUUCCCCCAAUAACUAUGACACCCAGUCUGUACGCUCAUUUAGAACCUCAACCUCAGGGACAGCCAGUGAAGCUGGACGAAGCGAACCUUUGCCCCCAACACGUCCUCGAAAUGACCAGGAAAUCGAGGAUCGUUUUAUUGACUUUAUGAAUAACAUGGACAUGCAGGGAAGUGAAAAGCGCAAGAAAAUGGAAGCACUUCCAUUAGAUAUCAAAUGGAAACUCAUUUGUCAACAUGAAGCACAGGAGCAGAACAAGGCUAAGAAACGCGUUGAAGGUCAAAUUGACAAAUCCUCGCCAGAGUAUUAUGUGAGAAAGAUGCAGUCGGAUGCAGAUCUUAGAAACAUGGACGUUAAAGUUCUCGUCGCCCUUCACGUGUCUCUCAAGUCGCAACCAAUAUCAUGGGUCCGGAUUUUCAUUCAAAACCGUGGACAACAAAUCCUGUCAUCGUCACUAGCUACUUUGAACCAUAGACCAUCAAGACGAGAUGCGGAUUUGGCGAUGGAACAUGAGAUUGUUAAAUGUUUAAAGACGUUACUUAACAACCGAUGGGGCGCGCAGGAAGCAAUUAAGCACCCUCCUUGUAUAUAUGCUCUCUGUUUCUCAAUUACUUCACCUCAGAUCCAGACAAGGAAGCUGGUUGUAGAAGUCUUGACUUUUUUGUGCUACUGUGAGGUUCCAAUGGGCCAUAAAUUGGUCUUGGAAGGAUUGGAUCAAGUACAAGAGUACUGGAGGGAAAGCGCUCGCUUUGAUGCAUGGAUGAGAAUCCUGGAGAACACUAUUGAUGGACGUGGUCGAUUUGGUACAGCGAUCGGAAUGAGCGAGGAGCUGAAGAAGACAGGAACACUUGACAGCCAUCUGAUUGAAUAUGUGCUAUCAAACGUCAUCUUGAUCAAUGCGUUAUUACAAGUUGUUGACGAUAUUGAGCUUCGUAUCCACCUCCGAAGUCAGCUGACAACCAGCGGAUUGACACGGAUCAUUUCUAAAAUGAGGAGUCUCAAUCACGACCUGAUUGACAGACAGCUAAACAUUUAUGAAGAUGAGGCAGAGAAUGACUAUGAUGACAUGGUGGAGUUCUAUAACCAUCAAAUUCUGCAUGACAUGUCCGAUCCGUACGAUGUAUUCCAUGCAUUGCUUCGCUCUGUAGAAAGCAGCAGGGCAUACGACUUUUUCUUAUCACUCCUCCAACAUAUGCUUCUCAUUCGUGAAGAGGGCGAUCUAAGGAUCCGCUACUUUCAGCUUAUGGAUGCCAUUGUAACACAGGUUGUAAUGGACCGACGAGGCCUCACAGAUGAUCUUGAACAAAAGAUUGGCUACUCUGUCAGCCAACUUGUUAGCAAACUUGUUGAUCAAGAUCGAUUGAAUGAUAUCCUCGAAGAAUCAAAACAACUGAAGCAGGAGGUCGAGAAUUUAAAGAGGCAGAAGAUCCAGCUGGAGCAUGAAAUAGGCCAGAAAGAUGACGGAAUGCUAUCGCAGCUCAAAUCAAACAUCUAUUCGCUGGAGGAUCUGCUCCGAGUCUCAAGGCAUACGAUCCAAACCCUUCAGACUAAGCUCAAUAAUGUUGAAAAGGAGACACAUGCAAUAAUGGCUAGACAGGAUGCUCAGAUAAAGCACUUGACAAAGUCUCUCGAGGAUGCGAAUACUCUGAUGGCUGAGGCUGGCCUGGAGACUGGCAUCUCCAUUGGCACCGGUCCUAACAGAGGAAGUGUUAGGGCAGGCUUUAGAGAAGGUGUCAGAGGAGGUGUCAGAGAAGGUAUCAGAGAAGGUGUUAGAGAAAGCGCCAGAGAGAAUAUCAGAGAGAGUGGUAGAGAGAGUAUCAGAGAGGAUUUCAAAGAGGAGCUCAAGGGCGCCAUCGCAGGAGGCGUUGGAAGAGGUACUGGAGGAAAGCUUGGAGGCGUCAGAGAAAGUACUGGAGAAAGUGCUGCAGGAAAUGGAAGCACUGGAACUGGUGGAUCAGGAACGGGCGGAUCAGGAACUGGUGGAUCAGGAACUGGUAAUGCACGUGUUCAGAGCACGGGAAGUAGCAGCCAGGUUGUUGAUAAUGAAAGGAUCCGCAAGCUGCUUGAGCAAACCAGAGCUGAAGGUGCCAGAUUGCAGAAACGCUACGCUAAAUUACCUGGGUUGGCUUCUACUGACCAAGCAGCUGAAACGACCUCAACGAGCCGGUUAGAAGAGCGUUCAGAUGCGCUCAUGAACGGCUCUGAUCGAGAAAAUCUCAGUGACCGCCUGGGAGCAGAGGGUGAACAAGGGGGUAGAGAUGUAUCAAGGGAAAAAGUAGAUAUUGGUGAGGAAUUACCUGAGAAAAAUACGGAAUCACCUCCACCGGCCUCAUUACCUGUUGAAGGGCAAGCGCCAGCACCAUCAUCACCACUUCCUACUACACAAAUUCUAUCACCACUAUCUCCUCUUCCAACUUCAGAUGAUCUUCCAACCUCAGAUUCCUAUCCGAUUUCAGAUGACUUUCCAGCCUCAGUUAGCUUUCCACACUCAGACGAUCUUCCAGCUUCAGAUGACCUUUCGGUUUCAGAUGAAGUCCCAGUUUCAAAAGCUUAUCCCGCUUCAGAUGAAGUUCCAGUUUCAAAAGAAUAUUCCACUUCAGACGAUCUUCUAGCUUCAGAUGCCUAUCUGGCUUCAAAGGACUUUUCAGCUUCAGAUGCUUACCUAGGUUCAAAGGACUUUUCAGCUUCAGAUGCCUAUCCAGUUUCAAAUGACCUUCCAGCUUCAGAUACCUAUCCAAUUUCUGGUACUCCUCCGCCACCACCACCACCGCCUCCACCACCACCACCACCACCAGUUUCUGGCGCUCCUCCACCACCUCCACCGCCACCACCAGUUUCUGGCGCUCCUCCACCACCUCCACCGCCACCACCAGUUUCUGGUGCUCCUCCACCACCUCCUCCCCCACCACCAAUUUCUGGUGCCCCUCCACCACCACCACCACCAGGGCCUGCUUCACCAUCUCUCCCAUCGCCAUCAGCCAAAAUGGGUGGUUUGUUGGGUGAGAUGUUGGCCAAAGGUGCUGCAGUCAAAGGUACAAGUGGUACUAAAGCUAGCAGCAAUGACACGGACUCAGACUCGGAUGAACCAGCACCAGGAACAUUUGCCGCCAUGUUGGCUGCCAAGAAAAAGAGACUGGGCACAAGCAGUCCAACUACAACUAAGGCUCCAGUACUUGCAGCGCCCAAGGCCGGUGGACCUCCUCCUCCUCCUCCUCCUCCUCCACCUCCUCCUCCCCCACCAGGUGUUGGAGGCCCGCCACCGCCGCCGCCACCACCCGGUCGAGGAGGCCCACCACCCCCACCUGGCGCGCCUGGUAUGCCUAUGCUAGGAAAGAUGAACCAAAAGAAGGAUGCACAAAUGGCGGGUGUCAAGCUUAAGACAUUACAGUGGGAGAAGCUCAAUUACAUGUCUGUCGGAAAUACUGUAUGGGGUUCUGGUGGCGUGGACGAAGAGGCUCUUCAGCAAGCUCUCGGUGCAAAUGGUAUUUUUGGAAGUAUGGAGGAGCUUUUUGUCGCCAAGGUGUUUGAGCGUAAAGAGCCCCGUGCAGCCAAGAAGGCGCGAGAAAUCCUCGUUAUUGAGCAGCGUCGUGCUCACCAGAUCAACAUCAUGUUGGGUGGUAUGAAGCACACAAAUCCAGAAAUCCGUAAUGCCAUCGUUAGUAUGGAUGAUCAAAAGUUAAGCCUUGUUCAAUUGACAAACUUGCUCAAGUUUGUUCCUGAUGCCGAAGAAACUGGAAAGUUGCUGGAGUACAAGGAUGCGUCCGAGGAUGUCAAGUUGCAGCUUGGUAGAGCAGAAGCAUUCUUUGUGGAAAUCCUGAAGAUCGACCGCUAUCAACAACGUCUGGAAGGACUUCGUUUUAAGGUGACCUUCAAUUCGCUCUUAGAGGGCGUCAACGAGUCCAUUUUCGCCAUUUCUGUUGCCUCUAGAAACUUGAAGGAGGCCAAAUAUUUCAAGGAGCUACUCAAUCUAAUUCUGAUGCUCGGAAACUACAUGAACGGUUCUGGCCAUAAUGGCGGUGCAUUUGGUUUCAAGAUUGCCAGUAUCAACAAGUUGGUCGACACGAAAGCAUCCAAUACCCCCAACAUGACAUUGCUUCACUUCUUGACCAAUAUCACAGAGACGACAUUACCUGACUUGUUGAACUACCAAUCUGAAAUCAGUUCCUGUGGUGAGGCAUGCCGAGUGUCAUUACCUGAGCUUCAGUCUGAUUUCAACCUGAUUAAGACCAAGAUCAAGGAGAUCAAAGUGGAGCUCAACACACACUAUCCUGACGGCCUCAAAGUCACUCCUGACGAUCGAUUUUAUGAAGUCAUGAAGCCUUUUAUUGAGUCAGCUGAGCAACAGUUCGUAGCAGCCGAGGCAGCCAUGGCGGAGAUGGAUGAGCUGUAUAAGGAUUGUGUAAAGUUUUAUGGCGAAGAGCCUACAAUCAUGAAGCCGGACGAAUUCUUUGGAAUAUUCAAGACAUUUAUGGCAUCCUUUGAGAAAGCAAGAGACGACAACCGUAAGCAGAGAGAAAAGGAGGAGCAGCGCGAAAAAGCCAAAUUGGCGGCCAAGCAACGUCAAGAGCAGAUUGCAGCCAAAAGGAAUCGCCUGCAAGUUCCCAACAUCACUGCGGAAGGCCCCACACCCGAUGCAGAUGGUGGUAGUGAUGAUAAGGGUAUGAUGGACAGCCUACUCGAGAGCCUGAGGAAUGGAGGUGAUAAUGAAGCUUCACGGAGAGAUCGCCGGCGGAAAAACCGUAUGGAGCACUCCGCAUCUGUUGCAGUUAAAGCACAGGAUCUGCUGUCAUCUCUUCGAGAAGAUAGUGGGCCACCACUGCCAUCUUUUAAUCAAUAAUCCUUUUUUCUUUUCUUUUUUUCCUCCCUCCUCAUUAAAAAUAUGACAGAUAACCAUAAAGUAACAUACAAC